AUGCCUAAACUCCUGCAAGGCAUUGUCACUGUCAUCGAUGUUUUCUACAAUUAUGCCACUGAAUAUGGGAACUGUGAUAUGUUGAGCAAAAAAGAGAUGAAAGAACUUCUGGAAACUGAGUUUCGCCAAAUUUUAAAGAAUCCAGAUGAUCCAGAUACCGUAGAUAUCAUCAUGCAAAGUCUGGAUCGAGAUCAUAACCACAAAGUGGAUUUUACUGAGUAUCUUAUAAUGAUACUCAGGCUGGCUAAGGCUUGUAAUAAAAUUAUUGGCAAGGAUUACUGCCAAGCUUCAGGGUCAAAGCAAAAAGAUCACAGUCGCCAGCACCAAGAGGAACAGAGUGAAAAAGAAACAGAAAACGAAGAGGAAGAAGCCUCUUCAAGUUAUUCAAGUUCUAGUGCAGGAGAGAAUGACUCUUAUUACAAGGGCUCAAGAGGAAACAAAAAAUGCAAAUCCAGGAAACCAAGACAAGGGAAGGAGCAAAGUUCUGAACAAAGAACAAAAUCAAAUUCAAGUGAUUUCAAAAAUAAUGAGGAUUAUGAAAAAGGCCAGCACAGAUCAGGAUCUAGAUCAAGGAAAGAUUCUGGUAUUCCUCAACAUGGGCACUCUUCUGGUUUAGAUCAAUACGGCUCCUCAUCAGGACAAACUUCUAGCUCCAAAGGACAGGGUUCUGGACAAGGUGUGUCCUCGGGGUCUGGACGAUAUGGUGCUUCAUCAGCACAGUCUUCAGGCUGUGGGUCAGGUCAGUCCACUGGCUAUGGAGAACAAGGGUCAGGAAAAGGUCAGUCAUCUAGCCACAGACGAGGCAGGUCCACCUCAAGGGAAUCUAACGGAUCCGAAGAGUAUGGAUCCAGCUCAAGGGAAUCUUCUGGCUUUAGUCAGCGUGGAUCUGGGCAUGGUCAAUCUUCUCGGGGUAGACAAAGUGGUUCUUUCUCUGGACAGUCAGCAGGCAGUCAACAGCAUCAAUCUGGCUCUAGGAAUGGAUCUCGCUCAGGGCAUUCUUCCACCUCUGGUCAGCAAGGCACUCAUUAUGGUCAGUCUUCCAGUUAUGGCACACACAGCUCAGGGUCAAGCCAGUCUUCCAGCCAGAGGACACAUGGCUCUGGUUCAGGGCACUCUUCUGGUUUAGGUGAAUACGGCUCCUCAUCAGGUCAAACUUCUAGCUCCAAGAGACAGGGUACUGGACAAGGUCUGUCCUCUGGGUCAGGAGGAUAUGGUGCUUCGUCACCACAGUCUUCAGGCUGUGGGUCAGGUCAGUCAGAAGACGAUAUACGAGAGGUGGGAGUGACUGGAGUACAGACGUGCGCCCGUCCGAUCAGGUCCACCUCAAGGGAAUCUAACGGAUCCCAAGAGCAUGGAUCCAGCUCAAGGGAAUCUUCUGGCUUUAGCCAGCGUGGAUCUGGGCAUGGUCAAUCUUCUAGGGGUGGACAAAGUGGUUCUUUCUCUGGACAGUCAGCAGGCAGUCAACAGCAUCAAUCUGGCUCUAGGAAUGGAUCUCACUCAGGGCAUUCUUCUACCUCUGGUCAGCAAGGCACUCAUUAUGGUCAGUCUUCCAGUUAUGGCACACACAGCUCAGGGUCAAGCCAGUCUUCCAGCCAGAGGACACAUGGCUCUGGUUCAGGGCACUCUUCUGGUUUAGAUCAAUACGGCUCCUCAUCAGGACAAACUUCUAGCUCCAAAGGACAGGGUUCUGGACAAGGUGUGUCCUCAGGGUCUGGACGAUAUGGUGCUUCAUCAGCACAGUCUUCAGGCUGUGGGUCAGGUCAGUCCACUGGCUAUGGAGAACAAGGGUCAGGAAAAAGUCAGUCAUCUAGCCACAGACGAGGCAGGUCCACCUCAAGGGAGUCUUAUGGAUCCCAAGAGUAUGGAUCCAGCUCAAGAGAAUCUUCUGGCUUUAGUCAGCAUGGAUCUGGGCAUGGUCAAUCUUCUCGGGGUGGACAAAGUGGUUCUUUCUCUGGACAGUCAGCAGGCAGUCAACAGCAUCAAUCUGGCUCUAGGAAUGGAUCUCGCUCAGGGCAUUCUUCUACCUCUGGUCAGCAAGGCACUCAUUAUGGUCAGUCUGCCAGUUAUGGCACACACAGCUCAGGGUCAAGCCAGUCUUCUAGCCAGAGGACACAUGGCUCUGGUUCAGGGCACUCUUCUGGUUUAGAUCAAUACGGCUCCUCAUCAGGUCAAACUUCUAGCUCCCAGAGACAGGGUUCUGGACAAGGUCUGUCCUCUGGUUCAGGACGAUAUGGUGCUUCAUCAGGACACUCUUCUGGCUGUGGGUCAGGUCAGUCCACUGGCUAUGGAGAACAAGGGUCAGGAAAAAGUCAGUCAUCUAGCCACAGGCGAGGCAGGUCUACCUCCAGGGAGUCUUCUACCUCUCAACAGUAUGGAUCUGGCUCCGGGGAAUCUUCUGGAUUUAGUCAACGUGGAUCGGCACGGGGUCAAUCUUCUCAUAGUGGACAACAUGGCUCUUUCUCUGGACAGUCAGCAGGCAGUCAACACCAUGGAUCUUGUUGCGGUCAGUCUUCUGGAUAUGGUCAAAAUGAAUAUGGCUCAGGUCAGUCUCCCACGUCUGGGCAGAAUAGCUCUCAUUACAGUCAGUCUUCCAGUUAUGGCACACACAGCUCAGGGUCAAGCCAGUCAUCCAGCCAGAGGACACAUGGCUCUGGUUCAGGGCACUCUUCUGGUUUAGAUCAAUACGGCUCCUCAUCAGGACAAACUUCUAGCUCCAAAGGACAGGGUUCUGGACAAGGUGUGUCCUCGGGGUCUGGACGAUAUGGUGCUUCAUCAGCACAGUCUUCAGGCUGUGGGUCAGGUCAGUCCACUGGCUAUGGAGAACAAGGGUCAGGAAAAGUCAGCGUGGAUCUGGGCAUGGUCAAUCUUCUCGUGGUAGACAAAGUGGUUCUUUCUCUGGACAGUCAGCAGGCAGUCAACAGCAUCAAUCUGGCUCUAGGAAUGGAUCUCGCUCAGGGAAUUCUUCCACCUCUGGUCAGCAAGGCACUCAUUAUGGUGAAUACGGCUCCUCAUCAGGUCAAACUUCUAGCUCCAAGAGACAGGGUACUGGACAAGGUCUGUCCUCUGGGUCAGGAGGAUAUGGUGCUUCGUCACCACAGUCUUCAGGCUGUGGGUCAGGUCAGUCCAGUAACUAUGGAGAAAAGGGGUCAGGAAAAAGUCAAUCAUCUAGCCACAGACGAGGCAGGUCCACCUCAAGGGAGUCUUAUGGAUCCCAAGAGCAUGGAUCCGGCUCAAGGGAAUCUUCUGGCUUUAGUCAGCAUGGAUCUGGGCAUGGUCAAUCUUCUCGGGGUGGACAAAGUGGUUCUUUCUCUGGACAGUCAGCAGGCAGUCAACAGCAUCAAUCUGGCUCUAGGAAUGGAUCUCGCUCAGGGCAUUCUUCUACCUCUGGUCAGCAAGGCACUCAUUAUGAUCAAUACGGCUCCUCAUCAGGACAAACUUCUAGCUCCAAAGGACAGGGUUCUGGACAAGGUGUGUCCUCGGGGUCUGGACGAUAUGGUGCUUCAUCAGCACAGUCUUCAGGCUGUGGGUCAGGUCAGUCCACUGGCUAUGGAGAACAAGGGUCAGGAAAAAGUCAGUCAUCUAGCCACAGACGAGGCAGGUCCACCUCAAGGGAGUCUAACGGAUCCCAAGAGUAUGGAUCCAGCUCAAGAGAAUCUUCUGGCUUUAGUCAGCGUGGAUCUGGGCAUGGUCAAUCUUCUCGCGGUAGACAAAGUGGUUCUUUCUCUGGACAGUCAGCAGGCAGUCAACAGCAUCAAUCUGGCUCUAGGAAUGGAUCUCGCUCAGGGCAUUCUUCAACCUCUGGUCAGCAAGGCACUCAUUACGGUGAAUACGGCUCCUCAUCAGGUCAAACUUCUAGCUCCAAGAGACAGGGUUCUGGACAAGGUCUGUCCUCUGGUUCAGGACGAUAUGGUGCUUCAUCAGGACACUCUUCUGGCUGUGAGUCAGGUCAGUCCACUGGCUAUGGAGAACAAGGGUCAGGAAAAAGUCAGUCAUCUAGCCACAGGCGAGGCAGGUCUACCUCCAGGGAGUCUUCUACCUCUCAACAGUAUGGAUCUGGCUCUGGGGAAUCUUCUGGAUUUAGUCAACGUGGAUCGGCACAGGGUCAAUCUUCUCAUAGUGGACAACAUGGCUCUUUCUCUGGACAGUCAGCAGGCAGUCAACACCAUGGAUCUUGUUGCGGUCAGUCUUCUGGAUAUGGUCAAAAUGAAUAUGGCUCAGGGCAUCAUGGCUCCACAUCAGGACAAACUUCUAGCUCCAAAGGACAGGGUUCUGGACAAAAUGUGUCCUCGGGGUCUGGAUGGUAUGGAGCUUCAUCAGGACCAUCUUCAGUCUGUGGGUCAGGUCAGUCCACUGGCUAUGGAGAACAAGGGUCAGGAAAAAGUCAGUCAUCUGGCCACACUGGAGGCAGGUCCUACUCAAGGUGUUCUUCUGGUUCUCAACGGGAUAUAUCUGGCUCUAAUGAGGCUUCUACCUUUAGUCAACAUCCAUCUUGGCAAAGGCAGUCUUCUCACAGUUGGCAAAGUGGUCCUUACUCUGGAUCUUCAUCUGGCCAUGUUCAGCAUGGACCUGAAUUUUCUCAAUCUGAAGGCUCAAAUCACUCAUCCACCUGUGGUCAGCAUGGUUCUACAUCAUGGCAGUCUUCUGGUUUUGACCAGCAACGGCCUGGAUCACACCAUUCUUCUCCCUCUAGUAGUCAUGGUACUGUCUCUCAAGAAUGUUCUGGCUUUGGUAAACAGGUAUCUAGAUCAGUGGCCAGGCCCCCAAGGGAAGAUGAGGUUUUUCUCUACCUACACCCCACCAGGAACCACAACUGAAGAGAGCCUUGCCCAGCAAGGGGAGGUCCAACUUAGCAUGGCCCACGAACAGGCAGUAGCCAAGACCAUGAACUUCAGUGCUAACACAAGCAUAAACAUCAACAUGUCUCCUAGCUGCAUCAGGACCAUUGACCCACUCAUCAUCCUCAGCUCAUUCAUGGACCCCGAGCUUCAGCAUGGCCUCGUGUAG